AUGAUGUCGUAUCUAAAGCAACCACCUUACACAGUCAAUGGCCUCAGCUUAACCACUUCCGGAAUGGACCUUUUACAUCCGUCCGUGGGUUAUCCAGGUGAGCGUCUUUCUGCCGUUGCAGCGACGCCGAGAAAGCAAAGACGAGAGAGGACUACUUUUACGCGCGCGCAGCUUGACGUCUUGGAGGCGUUGUUCGCCAAAACGAGAUAUCCGGACAUCUUCAUGCGCGAAGAGGUGGCUCUCAAAAUCAAUCUACCGGAGUCCCGUGUACAGGUGUGGUUCAAGAACCGACGGGCCAAGUGUCGCCAGCAGCAACAGCAGCAGCAGAACGGAGGGCAAAACAAGGCACGACCGACCAAAAAGAAAAGCUCCCCCAGCCGCGAAGUGAGCUCCGAGAGCGGCGCCAGCGGCCAGUUCACUCCCCCCAGCAGCACCACCACGGUCCCGGCCAUCUCCAGCAGCACGGCGCCGGUGUCCAUCUGGAGCCCGGCCUCCAUCUCGCCGCUCUCCGACCCGCUGUCUACCUCGUCGUCGUGCAUGCAGAGGUCGUACCCCAUGACCUACACGCAGGCCUCCGGCUACGGCCAGGGCUACGCCGGCUCCACGUCCUACUUCGGCGGCAUGGACUGCGGCUCUUACCUCACCCCCAUGCACCACCAGCUAUCCGGCCCCGGUUCGACGCUUAGUCCGAUGAGCACGAACGCGGUGACGGGCCACCUCAAUCAGUCCCCGGCGUCCCUGUCCACGCAGGGCUACGGCACGUCCGGCCUGGGCUUCAAUUCCACGGCGGAUUGCCUGGAUUAUAAAGACCAAGCUGCGUCGUGGAAGCUGAAUUUCAAUGCCGAUUGCUUGGAUUAUAAGGAUCAGACCUCCUCGUGGAAAUUCCAGGUCCUGUGA